UUUGGUCCUUUGGCUUGUUAUUCGUGACCGUUAUCAAUAUGUGCGCGGUCUUGGGAAUAGCAGUAAUGCGAUAUCUCACUAAAGAUGUCUAUCAUCAAGCUCAUCCAUCUCUCAUCAAUGAAGUUGAUGAACGCGGAAAGUUAACCUAUUCCUACCUACACUUAGCUCACUUCUCGCUUUUAGGAGUGUAUUUGUUUUUUAUGUGCGACAAAAUCAUAAAAAUAGUUCUUGAAACGAGGAAGGUGAGUUUCUUCUACUACUAA